UUCGCCCAGGGCUUGCUGGAGCCAGGCAGGUUCGCAGACUCCAGGGACUGGGCACCUUCCGAGCUGGCAGACGGUGCCUUCCCACCCAGCUAAUUUCUUCCAGGUCUUGGCCUCAACAGGCGUAUUGGUGCCUGCCUUGGACGCAUUCCGACCUGGGCUGUACCUCUCUCUCGAGGCUGAGCCUAUGGUUGGGGCAGAGUGAGGUCGUUGCCUUGACGACGACAGCAUGCGGCCCGCGGUCCUCCAGAGUGUGAACCUGCGGCAGGCCGAGGCCAAUCUGCCUCCCUGCCGGAUUCACUUGGGACCCGUGACUGUGUCCACAGAAGAAAUCAUAACAGCUCCGGAAUCGCUGGUUUGCUAGUCAGCAUCCUUCAGCCCUGCGAGCGAGAUGCAUUUCACCUCAAAUUUGUUUCCAGGUUGAAAACCUUUGGGUCUUUCCGUGCGAAAGGAUUUUAAAGAAACACAGGAAGAAUUUGCUUUGUUUUUGAAUUAAUAAUGGAAAAGUAUGAGAAUCUAGGAUUGGUUGGAGAAGGGAGCUAUGGAAUGGUGAUGAAGUGUCGGAAUAAAGAUAGUGGAAGAAUUGUGGCCAUCAAGAAGUUCUUAGAAAGCGAUGAUGACAAAAUGGUUAAAAAAAUUGCUAUGCGAGAAAUCAAGUUACUAAAGCAACUGAGACAUGAAAAUCUGGUGAAUCUGUUGGAAGUGUGUAAGAAAAAAAAACGAUGGUACCUAGUCUUUGAAUUUGUGGACCAUACAAUUCUUGAUGACUUGGAGCUCUGUCCAAAUGGACUAGACUACCAACUGGUUCGGAAGUAUUUGUUUCAGAUUAUUAAUGGAAUUGGUUUUUGUCACAGUCACAAUAUCAUACACAGAGAUAUAAAGCCAGAGAAUAUAUUAGUCUCCCAAUCUGGCGUUGUCAAGCUCUGUGAUUUUGGAUUUGCACGAACAUUGGCAGCCCCUGGGGAAGUUUACACUGAUUACGUGGCAACCCGAUGGUACAGAGCUCCAGAGCUGUUGGUUGGUGAUGUCAAGUAUGGCAAGGCUGUUGAUGUUUGGGCCAUUGGCUGUCUGGUAACUGAAAUGCUCAUGGGGGAACCCCUUUUUCCUGGAGAUUCUGAUAUUGAUCAGCUAUAUCAUAUUAUGACAUGUUUAGGUAAUCUAAUUCCAAGACAUCAGGAGCUGUUUUAUAAAAAUCCUGUGUUUGCUGGAGUAAGGUUGCCUGAAAUCAAGGAAACAGAACCUCUUGAGCGACGCUAUCCCAAGCUCUCUGAAGUUGUGAUAGAUUUAGCAAAGAAAUGCUUACAUAUUGACCCUGACCAAAGACCCUUCUGUGCUGAGCUCCUGCACCAUGAUUUCUUUCAUGUGGAUGGAUUUGCUGAGAGGUUUUCUCAGGAACUACAGUUAAAAGUACAGAAAGAUGCCAGAAAUAUUUCUUUAUCUAAAAAAUCCCAAAGCAGAAAGAAGGAAAAGGAAAAAGAUGAUUCCUUAGGCGAAGAUAGGAAAACGCUUGUGGUACAGGAUACCAAUGCUGAUCCCAAAAUUAAAGAUUCUAAAGUGUUUAAAAUAAAAGGGUCAAAAAUGGAUGGAGAAAAAGUUGAAAAAGUCAGUCGCGUUUCAAAUGCCAGCUGUCUCCCUGACAAAGGGAUGAGCUACACCAAAACAGUGCCUUCCACAAGCCUCAGAGAUUGCGGCGACGGCAGUGUGGAUCACACCAGAAAUCCCGGCGUGGCAAUCCCCCCGCUCGCGCCCAAUCUUUCUGCGGUGGCUGCUGGUGUUAAUUCUGGAAUGGGGACUAUCCCAGAAGUUCAGAGUUACAGAGUGGAUGAGAGAACCAAGAAGUAUUGCAUUCCAUUUGUUAAACAACAUAAACAUUCUCCAUCAGGCAUUUAUAAUAUUAAUGUGACCACAUCAGUCACAAGCGAAAAGAGCCUACUUCAGGCAAAUAAGAAAAGAAGGGAAUACUCAAAGACAGAUGUCCGUUUGCCUGAACUGAACUAUAAUCAUCUCCCUGAAUUAAGAGCCUUGGAAGGCGUUGCUCGAAAUUCCAGGUUAAUAAGGAAGGAGAACAAAAAUCUCACAGAAUCUCGAAUUCCUUCUCUGGCCACUAUCGACCUGCACACCCCCAGUACUGCAUUACAUCAGGUUUCAGGACCUCCCCUGUCAGAUGAUUCAGAGGCUGACUUGCCUCGAAUGGAACACCAGCACUGAGAGCCAUUUUGGUUCUGAACUGGAUGCCACUCCAGCCCUGGAGGUAACAUUCGUGUGCUACAAAAGUGCUAACAUCCUACAAAGAGAGACUUGUGGUUUUGGUCAUUUACUUCUGAAAUAUCUGCAUUUUCUGGGAAAAGCCUUGUCGAAGAAAAAACACAAAGACUUCCAAGUGUUUUGAAGGAAGAUUGAACAAGUGCCCCUCCCCCACUGCUAUCCCGUCACCGGUCAAGGCACUGUUUCUAUUUCUAGCUAUAUCCAAUGGAGGAAUAGUGAUGUGGUUCUUGUUCCACAAAUGUGUAUUUACUGUUAGUAGAUUGUGAUUUAAAAUUACCCAAGAUUAAAAAUUCGUUUAAAAAGGGAGAGAAACAUUA